AUGAGUUUGGUACCAUAUGAAGAAGGCUCAUUGAUUUUGGACGACCCUAAUUCUAAAUCUGUAGUGGUUGUCAAUCCAACCUCAGGAACACUAUCAUUCUUCCAACAGGACAAUGGUAGUGACGGCCCAGAAAGUAACGAGGACCUGACUGCGUCCUCAUCAGCACUGGACUUUUCCUCAGGGGUUCAUCAUUUCAAAGGCCCGAUAGCUUCUUAUAUCUGUCCCCAAUGUGGUACGGAAAUCAACCCUGACAUAAUGAAUAGAAGGCAAAUCCAUCGCCGGGCUUCCAGUGGUAUAGAACAGGAAAACAUCAGGCUUGGAAGCCAAGAAAAUACAAUACCGCUUGGGUUUGAAUUUGCCAAUUCUAGUUUUUCAAAGAGAUAUUUCCAGUUAUUAGAGAGAAAUCAUCGGCAUUAUGCCUUACAAAACGAUCCAAACAAUAAAGAGAGGCAAUAUGGCAAAAGCAAAUACUUCAUUCCAGACGAAUUGUUUAUUCCUGGGUACUUCCGCAAAUUCUUUAAUAUAUUAUCUCUACUGGGAAAUGGCGCAAGAGGAUCCGUCUACAAAGUUGUACACACCAUCGGCAAUACUGAACUAGGGGUCUUUGCACUAAAGAAAAUACCCAUCGGAAACGAUAUGGAAUGGUUCAAUAAAUGCAUACGAGAGGUGAAAGCAUUGAGUUCACUCACACACAAGAGCGCUAAUCUAAUUACAUAUAAUCAUGUGUGGCUCGAGAUGGAUUCAGCAGUCGGGUUUGUUAGAUCUGUUGAUGGGGGUCAAUCUGAUUCAAAAGAAGAAAUUCCAUGCAUAUUUAUCCUACAGCAGUAUUGUAGCGGCGGUAAUCUAGAAGACUGUAUUUUAAGAAAUGUCUUCGAUAAAUUUCCAGAUAUCGAAUCACCUGAAGAAAGAAAGAAGAAAUUCAGAACUCGUAAGAAGAACCACGGCAAAUCAGCAGACAUUGGUUUAUCUACUGAGCAACUUGUGUCAAUUAUAAGAGACAUAGCAAGAGGAUUACACGAACUACACAGUAUUGGUCUGAUACACAGAGAUUUAAAACCGUCCAAUUGUUUAUUGCUAAACUCGUUCAAGAAUGAUGAUGAAGAUAAUGAAACACACGAAGAGGGAAGUAACUCGGAACAGUAUUUCCCAUCUGUUGUGAUCGGUGAUUUAGGGGAAAGUCAGUUGGAAGGAGAGUCUAGAUUAGGCACUGGCUGUACCGGUACAUUGGAGUUCACGGCGCCUGAGCUAAUUAUUCAGGGAGGAACCACAUCUUCACCAGCCUUGCCUUCACGAUCGAUCCAUACCUACAAUGAGUACACAUUUGCUUCAGAUAUGUAUUCUUUGGGUAUGAUUUGCUACUUUAUCGUCUUUGGUGAACUGCCCUUUGAGCCUCAACUGGAUAUCAUUGACCUAAAAGCACGCAUCAAACAUUUUAGAUUUGAUACUGAAAGUAUGAUCGCAAAACAUCAAGCCAUGAAAUUGAAACCAGUAGAUUAUAGAAUCUUUCAACUAAUGGAUGCUCUUUUACAACCAAAUAACGAUGUCAGACCCACUGCAAAAGCAGUGGAAGACAUGUUAGAUGAAAUGCUAUUAAACUCUAAGCCAGGAAAAAAUUUCUGGAAAGAUAAUAAUGACAGCACGUUAAAUUUCACCACCAUAUCUGAACUAAAUGAGACCACUAACAGCUUUACUGAUGAUUUUGUUGAGGAUGACAACAUGACAUUAUCAUUACCAGCACCGGAAGGGGAUCUAAGCGCCGUAUCGUCAGCAAAAGUAAACACAUCCUCUGUUAUAGAGAGGUCGGUACAGUUUUGCUACAAGGUGAUUUCUAUACUUUCAACCAUUAUUGUUUUUAAGUCAACGAAAACGGGGUCUUGGCUUUCGUAUACGUCAUUGGUAAUAUUGGGAAUGGUUUUUAAAUCUCCCGUUGAUGAAAGAAGCAGACAUGUAAGGGCUCUCGGUUUACUGGCACUUAUAGCCAUACUCAAGAAAUACAUCUAUUAA